AUGCCUUCCAAGUCCAACAAGAAGCAGCCCUCCUCGUCGACCGACGAGUCCGCCAUCGACGAUCCCGUCCCCUCGUACGAGACCGCCCUCCAACAGGGCGCAGGCGGAGGCCACCUCGCCGCCGCCCCCGCCACUGCCGGCCCAUCCUCGUCCUCCUCCUCAUCCCCGUCUCCGUCCGGCCCGCACCCCGCGCACGCCCGCUACGCCUACGGCAACGACCCCUACACCUCGUCGGGCACCGCGCGCAUCCUCAUCAUCCCCGCAGCAGCCGCACCACCGCCACCCGGCCACGCCACCCACCUGCUCCCCGCACCCGCCUCGACGGAGCGACGCGGCCCCAGAGCCGGGCCCCGGUUCUGCAAGGCGCUGCUCUACGCUUUCCUCAUCUACAUCCUCGCCGGCCUCAUCACCGGCGCCAUCACCGACGCCGCCGUCAGAGAGGGAAACAGGAGGCACAGGCACCCACACCAGCACGACGGCGACACCCCUCCCUACCACCGCGACCCCUGGGACGGCAGCGACGGCCGCGGGUGGAGCGUCGAGCCAAUGUCGAUCCGCGCCGACGCACAGUGA